AAAUAGCAUAUGUCAAUGGUGAAAGAGAAGGUAUAUUCUUAGAGAAUCCGUUGACCAUGGGGGAGAAUAGAAGAAAAGAUCCAUCUCCGUUUCCUCGUGUUGAUGUAUCCGAUGAAGUAAACCUAGCUUCGAGAUCAGGCACAACUUCAACCGGCUUUGAUGGGAACAAGUAUAUGAGAAAGCUAGGAAUGGAGAGAGCAAAUUUCUACGGAUGGCAUAAUACUUAUCAAAUUACAAAGGCGAUGGGAGAAAUGGUUAUCAACAAAACGAGGGGAGAUAUGCCGGUCGUCAUCAUUAGACCGACCAUUAUCGAAAGUUGCUACAAAGGACCUGUUCCUGGUUGGAUUCAGGGAAAUAGGGUGUUUGACCCCCUAAUUUGUUCAUUUGGAAAAGGGCAGCUUCCUGCCUUUUUGUGCAAGCCUGAUACCCCUAUUGACAUUAUUCCAUUGGACAUGGUCGUAAAUGCAACAAUCGCGGCCAUGGCGAAGCACGGUUAUAAGCAUAUGCCGGAACUUAAUAUCUACCAGAUUGCAACAAGUGUUUUGAAUCCUGUACGAAUUUCGGAUAUGUUCGAUUAUACUUGUGAAUAUUUUAGGUCACGACCUUUAAUAGAAUCCGAAAGUUCUAGUAGAAUCAGUUACUACGACAAUCUUGCCCCGGUCAAAUAUUUUGAUAAUUUUGAUGAUUUAUCCAAAUAUACACGAGACGAAAUUUAUCGACGCUUUGGUAGUAUGAGAAACGUAGAAGCCCACAAACUACAAAAGCAGUGCAAAGCAAAGAUCAUGUAUGCUGAGAAUUUAUGCAAGAUAUAUGAAUUUGCAGGAUUUCUGAAAGCAAGGUUUGAUGCUCGCAACACUCAAAAAUUAUUGUCAGAAAUGUCAAAGGAAGAGCAGAUUAACUUUGACAUCGACGUAACAAAAAUAGAUUGGAGAAACUAUAUUACAGAAGUACACAUCCCUGGUUUGAUAAAGUUUGUGCUUAAAUAAGAAGGGAAACUUGUCUACAUAAGGAGCCAUGUAAUCAGUUAAGCACAAGUUUCAUGUUCUUUAAUUUUCCGAAGUCCUGAUGCCUCGACGUAAUGCAUAGGACGAUUGCUCAUUGUUAAUUUGUUUUUGUUUGUUUGGUUUAUGCAUGUGUUUUUUAUUCUAUUCAUAUAUCUACAAUUUGAUGUGUUUUUUAUUCUCCAACAUAAGUGUACUAUUUCAAGUUAUGAAUUAGUUAGAACCCGUUUGGCUAAACUUAUUUAAAACGUCUUAUAAACUCCUACAUCUGAUAAGAUAUGUUAAGAGCUGAUAAGCUCUUUAAUCUUAUUUUAAAGAUUAAAUUUUAAGUUGUUUGAAUAUGGAGCUUAUAAGUUACUUGAGUAUAACUUUGUAUUUUAAAUGUAUUAGU